AUGUCGAAGAAGGCUGGCGACAUGGAGGACCGGCGCGGCGGCCGCGGGCAGCCCGGACGGCUGAUGGCGGGCGGGUCGGGCGACGAGGGAGCCGACUGGGAUGUCGGAGAGGAACUCGCAGGCAGAGACGGGGGACGGCCGGCGAGAGGCCACACGCAGCGCGCGCGGGGCCCCCGGCUGCUCACGGAUGCGGGUCGGCCCUCGCGAGCAGCGCAGAGGCGGCCCUGCCAGGCCACGGACCAGCAGCCCCCCCCGCACGCCCCGGCCGUGCAGCCGGCCAAGAGCAACGGGGGCAAGAUCCCCGUACCCGUCUUCGAUGGCACGAAUAAGACCAUGAAGAAGUACCGCCGAGAGGUCGCCACCUGGCAGAUCGGGACCGAGGUCAAGCCGCCCAAGCAGGGAGCGACCUUGCUGGCCAGCCUGAAGGGCAAGGCCGAAGAGGCGUGCGAGGAGCUCGACCUGGACGCCAUCAAGGGCGACGACUCAGUGGAGGUGUUCCUGGAGUACCUCGGGAAGCGCUUUCCCGAGAUCGAGGUGCUGGAGACCCCGGCGCUGCUGGAGACCUUCGUGCGCCCGGCCUGCGUCCGGCACGUGUACGAGGAUAUCCGCGACUACAACAACCGCUUCAAUGGGAUCGCCACCAAGCUGAAGGCCAAGGGCAUCCAAGUGCCCGACGAGGUCUUGGCGGACCUGUACAUCAAGGGGGCCCGCCUGCCCCCAGAGCGCGCGGCGAGCGUGCUCAACGGUGUGGGCAAUCAGUUCAACCCCACCAAGAUCCAGGAGCAGUGGAUGAUCAACUUGCCCAAGGUAUCGGUCGUGGACGGCAACAAGGACAGCCGCGACAAAGGAGGCUACGGAGGUCACAAGAACAAGGACCACAAGCGGGCGUACGCCACGGAGAUCUACGAGGAGGAUCGUAGGGCCGAGCUCGACGGCGCGUCCUCAGACAGCUCCGACGACUACGAGGACGAGCUGCCCGACGAGCUGCAGGACGUGAUCGACGAGGCGGAGGAGCAGGUAGCGUUCUUCACCAAGAAGAUGGCGCGCGCCAAGGACAAGCUGAAGGAGGCGAAGCAGGCGCGUGGCUACUUCGCCAAGCGCGACGGCGGCAACCCGCCGAAGAGAGACGAUCCCAAUAUCGCCAAGAUGAAGUGCUCGAAGAAGAACGACCCUAACGCCAAGGCCGACAUCCCGAAGAAGGGAAGCAACAGGACGAACAUCGCCACGCACGAGACCAGCGACACGCAGGAGCCUCACGUGGCGGACAUGACGGUCGCGGCGGUCUACCAGCAGGACCAGCGGGCCGCGGCUCGCGACAGGAAGUACGGCGCGCUGCACAGCAUUGAUUGGACGCAGAUCCGCCAGGCCGCCGAGCUACCCGAAGAAGUUACGGCGGCGGCGUUCUUCAUCAAUAAGGACCACCAGUGCCUGAUGGCCGCGACGAGCUCGGCGCUGAUCUACCUCAGCGUCGAGGACCUGCUGAAGGAGUCGGGGGGCAAGCUGACCUUCGACGCGGCCAGCACUCGGUGCGUCGGCGGCCUCGACUGGUACAACGACAUCAAGAAGAGGCUGGCCGCCUUCAACAUCCAGCCCAUCGAGUACCCCGAGAAGGAGCCGUUCCGGUUCGGGGCGUCGAAGGUGGUGUUCAGCCUCAAGGCGGCGCUGAUCCCCUGUUCGGUGAAGGGCAAGGCCUUCGCCGUCCGCAUGAGCAUCGUGCGCAGCGCCGUGCCAGGACUGUUCAGCCGCAAGGCCCAGAGCGAGCUGGACAUCGUCUACCACGCCGGAGACAACAAGCUGGACAUCAAGUCGAUCGACGAGCACGACAUCCAGAUGGGCCUGAGCCGCGCCGGACACCCGACGCUGGACAUCACAGGCUUCACGCCGGGCUACAAGCCCGUUUCGGACGUCUCGGAUACCAAGGCCGAGAUUCGUCUCCACCCUUGUGCUUCUUAUCGCGCUGAGACGGCUGUGGCCAGCGCCGCCAAGCCGGUGGUGCCCGAGGCUCGCCACCAAGGGGUAGCCUCGGAGGCCGACGAGUCUCAGUCGGACACUGACUGCGACGCGCUCGAUAGCGCCGAACUGUUCGAGCAGCAGGUGCGCCAGGAGACGAGCCCGGGGGGCAGCGGCCAGAACUUGCCGACGACGAGUACUGCCCGUCUCCCGGCGAUAUCCAGCAUGCGGAUGCCGGAGCUGCAGGCCGAGGUGGCAAGCUACGACUUGGAUGUGCGCGACGCCACGUGCGACCAGCUCCGGGUGAUCUUGCGUGCGCUGAGGGCCGAGGGCCGCGAGAGCACGCCGCAGGGCGACUACAUCCCGGGGCUCGGCAAGAAGAGCAAGGAGGAGCUCCAGCAGCUGUGCCGGGACCGCCAGAUCGAGUUCGACCAGCGCGCGACCGUGCCGGAGCCCAGGCAGCGCCUCAAGGGCUGGAAGGUCGAGGACGCGGCCAGCAGUGCCUCGGCAACGGUGGCUCAUCCGAGCUCGCAGAUCACCGGGGCCGACAAGAUGCGCUUCGGCAAGUACCCCACGGCGGACUACCGCUGGGUGCUCAAGAACGACCUGGGCUACGCGCAGUGGGCAGUCCUGGAGCUCAACAGCCACCGGGCAAUCCCGCUCCUGGCGCGAUUCGCCAGGUGGGUCAAGGCGCACGGAGUGCAGCCCCUUCCCCCGGAGAAGGCCAAGACCACCUUGGAGGUAGUGAUGGCCGAGGAGGUGGCGCUGGGCGACGAGUGUUUGGCGCCGGCGGCGACGACCGCGAGGGCCUCAGCAAGCCAGGGGAGCUGGGCCGGGCAUCGGCGCCAGCGUCCUCCGGAGCCGCACGAGAUGGGCACCAGCGACAUGGGCUUCGAGAAGGCGGGCGAGACCGACAAGGACGGGUCGCCAGCCCCGAGGCGGCGGCCAGGCAUCAAGAAGGGCAAGCGCGUCGGCCUCCUCUACCAGGUCACGGGCUGCGCCUUUGCCUUUCAGACGGUGCUCACCGCGGACUGGCUGGCUAGGCCUCUCAAGCCAGUGGUGCAGCAUGCCACCAGUGCUGCGCGAGACUUGGUCGACCACGUCCAGAACGUCAGGGAGGCCUACAGCGUUCGCAGCCACCGCGUGGACGUCAUGCAAGUGUUCGGAGGCGAAGGCGGCAUUGCCGAGGCGGCGUGGAAGCGCCAUAUGACGGCCACAGAGGUGAUCGACCGCAAGCACGGAUGGGACUUACGCAAGCAGAAGGACCUCGAUGCGACGUACGACCUGUGCUACGCCUCAAGGCCGAAGUUCGUGUCAAUCGCCAAGCAGGCGCUCCGGCGGAUCUGGAGGGCAGAGCGGCCGUUCCUUUUAUUGGCCCGCGACCUCUUCAAGUACCAGCUCGACUCUGGCGACAUGGCCAUGAUCGAGAAUCCGGCCACCGGCCGGCUCUGGACACAGCGCGCGAUUUUGGAGCUACUGGCGGACGAGCGCGUGCACCAGGUGAGGCGCGACACGUGCGAGUACGGAGCUCGACGCUACAAGACGGGGGGACUCAUCAAGCACCCCACGAAGCUGCUCGUUACCCACAAGGAGUUCGAGCAGCUGAAGCGCACCUGCAGCCGCAAGCACCACGACCAGACCUUCGGGGACAACGUGGCGGUGCGCAAGUCUGGCGUUUAUCCUGCUAAGUUCUGCAGAGCGGUGGUGCGCAUCGUGGAGCAGGUCAUUCGCCAGCAAGGUGGGCAGCGCGCCUACCAGGUGGACUGCCAGUCGCACUCGUCGCCCUUCGUCGUGACAGUGCCCAGGGAGCAGGCCACCGCCUACGUGAGCGACACCGCGCCCCUGGGAGAGACGGGCGAGCCUGAUAGGGACCCAGACCCCAUGGGCGGCGGAGACGACGUCGCCGACACUCACGACGUGCGGGCCGAAGAUACUGUGGACGGCAGGAUCGGGGUCGGCGCGGUUACCUUCACAAAGAGAGCAGCGGCCUGCUGCAAGCCAGCCGAGCUGGCCAUGCUCAAGAGACUCCAUGUCAACUUGGGCCAUCCGUCUAAUGAAGAUUUGGGCCGCAGUUUGCGACUCAAAGGCGCUAAGUCGGCCACCGUCCAGGCCGUCAAGGGGCUGAUCUGCGGGGUGUGCCGCUCGCAGCAGCGCCCGAGCGCGAGGAGACCAGCGCACCUCCACUUCGUGCAAGAUUUUGGAGACGAUGUCGGCUUCGACUGUUUCGAGCUCAAGGACGUCGACGGCAAGAGCUACUGGUACUUCAGUAUCGUUGACCUGGCCACCACCUUCCACGUCGCGACGCUGAUCGGUCGCCACACCAGCCAGGAGUUCGCCGCCGCGUUCGAGAGGUGCUGGGCCUCCUGGGCGGGCGUGCCGGACCGAGCCCACUUCGACAUGGAGAAGGGGUUCGGCGGCGCCCUCAGCGAGCUGUUCCAGUCAUUCAAUACGGUGCAGCUGCCCAUCGCCGGUCAGGCACAUUGGCAGCUCGGUCGCGUGGAACGCCAGGGAGCUUGGUGGAAGGAGCUCGCGGCGAGGACGAUCGAGCACUCGUCGAUCAGGGGCGAGGACGAGAUGCGGACGCUGGCCAUCAUGGUCUCGGGCGCGAAGAACUCGCUGAGAAGGCGAGCAGGCUUCAGCCCCGCGCAGUGGGUGCUGGGGCGCGACCCCAAGAUGCCCGGAUACCUAGUGGAUGAUACGGCCAACUACAGCGCCCACAGCCUCGCGGCCAACGACGAGAAGAUUCGCCGACGAUAUGCUAUUCGGACGGCGGCGCGCGAGUCGUUCAUGAGGAUGCAGAACGACGACCAGCUCCGGCGAGCUAUGUUGGCUCGCGCGCGCACGGUGGCGACGCCCUUGUCAGUGGGCGAGAUGCGCUACGUCUUCCGCCAGGUCAAGAAGAAGGAGCAGCGGGAGCAGCACAACCGCAACGCCAAGAAGGGCAUCUGGCGAGGGCCGUGCGUAGUCAUCGGCCACCAAGGCGAGAACACCUGGGUCUCGCUAGGAGGGCACACCAUGCUGGUGGCUCCGGAGCACAUCAAGGCACUCGCUCCGGACGACGUCUGGUUCCCGAACGGCAGGGGCGAGAUCGGUCAGGCCGUGGCCGAGCUCAACCGGGCUCGCGACUCGCUCGAACAGGAAGAGGCUCCGGUGGAGGACAUCCGCCCGGCGCCUGGCGAGCCCGAGGUCAAGCCAGACGAGAUGGAGCAGGCGUGGCGGGAAUUCAUCGACAACCCGGACGACAGCGACCUCAGGCUGAAUGUCUCCGAGGAUCCGCCCCGGCAGGAGCAGAUCCAGGUGCUGCCCGCCGACGUGCCGCAGCAAGCUGAAGAAGAGCGAACCUACGGCCCUGACGAGUUCCGACGACGUCGAGCUACCUUCGACGGAGGGGACAGCGGCGUUUUCGGCCCGGCCUUCAAGCGCCUCCAGACCGAGAGGGAGCGCGCAGGCUCUGGCGCCCUGCCCGCAAGGGCAGCUUCGCGCGACCGCGCGGCGGCGCCCGGUCAAGAGGCAGCAGCCGGACCCGAAGCAGAAGGAGCCCGCCAACGCUCGAGGUCGGCUCCAAGACAAGUACUGCAAACCUCCAUCAUGACCGAGAGGAUCAAGCGCAAGCAGGCCGACAAGGAGAUCCACUGGAGAGCCAUCAAGGACUCCGAUCGGGAGCUCUUCAGGGAGGCGGCCGCAAAGCAGUGGAACGAGUGGCAGAAGUAUGGCUCUUGUCAGGUACUUUCCAUCGAGGAGUCCGAGGCGAUCAGGAGCAUGAUCAAGCCCAGCCUCAUCCUGCCCAGCCGGUUCGUGUACCGGGACAAGAACGCCCCGCUGCGGACCGACAAGCAUCCGCUGCCGGUCAAGGCGAAGGCCCGACUCUGCGUCGGGGGUCACAUAGGCCCGCGCCUCGCUCAGGGGGGCCUGCGGACGGACGCGCCCACGGUCACCCGCAACUCGACCAUGCUGUUCUUCACUAUCUGCCAGAGGUUCGACCUGGAGAUCUACGCGGCGGACGUGGAGGCGGCUUUCAUGCAAGGCGACGAGCAGCCCGACCAGCAGCUGUACAUGGCCCAGCCUCGCGAAGGUCUGCCUGGGCUCAACCCGAAGCAGCUGAUCAAGAUCCUCAAGGGAGUUUUCGGGCUGGCGACGGCACCGAGGCAGUGGUGGGCGAAGCUCAAGAGGACCUUGCUCGCGGUGGAGGAGAAGCUGAACGACAAGUGCGUGUUUCGCCUACACCAGCACUCGCUGGACCCAGCGCUGUACUACGGCUACGACCAGCACGGGGAGCUCUGUGCGGUGGUGGUCGCCCACGUGGACGACUUGCUGCUGGGGAUCUCGCGCAAGUACCCGGGCCUCUACGACAGGCUUCACAAGCUUUUGCCCUGGGGCGACUGGCGAGGCUUGCCUUUUACCUUUUGCGGCAAGCAGGCCUGGCGAGAUCAAGAAGGAGUACUACAUCUACGACAAACCGAGUACGCGAACACCAUCGAGGAGAUUCCGCUCAGCAAGGAGCGUAAGACGGAACUGUCGUUAGAUGCUACGCCAGCCGAGUUCUCGGACAACCGCUCCGCACUCGGAGCGCUCGGGUGGCUUUCAUCGCAGACUCGUCCCGACCUGGCAGCUGGAGUGGCCAUGGGGCAGCGAACCCAGAACAAGCCCACCAUCCAGGACUUGCUCGAGACGAACAGGCUCAUCAAGCCUUCGCGGAAGCACGCGGACGUGGGUUUGGAGUUCCCCAAGCUACGUGGACCUCUGUGCUUGGUGACGUUCCACGACGCCAGUUGGGCCAACGCUGAUGAGCCAGCUGAAGGCGCCAUCUCCAAGUUGCUCGCCAAGACCAUGGGAGCAACCAGUAAGGACAAGAAGAUCAAGAUUCGCUCGCAGGCCGGCUACGUGAGUUUUCUCGCAGAGGUCACAGAUUGCGCCAGCUUGUACGAUAUGAUGCACAAAGACGGUUAUUCCAAGCUCCUGUCAGAGCGGCGCCUUUUGCUCGACCUAGUGGGCCUCAAUGAGUCACUAGAAGAGGAAGUUAGCAACGAGUUCGUCGCUGACGAUCAGCGCAGCCAACUGCCUCUCUUUUGGGUUCCGACUGAUCAACAGCUCGGUGAUCAGUUCACCAAGCGAUCGGACGGCAGUACCAUCAGGGCAGUGCUACGAGACACACGCCUCGCUUUGCAGCAUCAAGAGCCGACUGACCAGGCCAGAGAGCACGAGGCACACCUGACCAGUGCCGGCUCACUUUUCAAGCGCACAGUGCGCCUGGACUUCGAUGCUUUCAUGGACUACAACGUCGGCCUCUGGACCUCGGACAUGGACGGCUACAUCAAGAAACUCGACGCGGGCAAGGUGCCGUACUUCGCGGCCAAGUGGCCCGCUCCCAAGGAGAACGAGGAGAUGUACAGCCUCUUCGUGCACGUGCCGUCCACACAGAUGUUUAUUGAGCUGAUGUCUUUCUUCUCGGUCACCCACGCGAGCCGCCACCACGAGCUGCUCUCGCUGGAGCAGCGCCUGUCGGACGUCACCAUCGAGGCCAUGAAGGAGCAUCCCCCGAAGGGCAGCACGCUGCAGCCCGUGAAGGUGAGCCGGGCAGCAACAGAUCUCGAUGCGCUGGACAAGUUCUACGUGGACGGCAUGCGGGCAGAGAAGGUCUUCUCGCAGACCCGGGGCAAGGGCACUUACAAGAUCUCGACGCACUGCUACCAGUGGCCAGAGGGCAAGGCCGACGUGUGCUUCGUCCAGCGCCCGGACAGCGCCACCGCCGGCGAGUUCAAGGUCGCAGAUUACGAGAGGGUGCUGAAGUCCUCGGCGGAGACGGGGCUCCUGAACCCGCAGUGCAGGGCCUUCCGGUGGGAGGACAACCACUACGCGGUCGACCUGGUUGGCGAUUUCGAGCACAUCGUGCGACAUGUUGAGAGCGAUGAGUCCAUCAAGUUCCAGUGCAGAGACGGCCGCCUGCGGUACGUCUACGACCCCACCGGCUGGGCGGUCAAGCUGAACAUGCUGUUCAGCAGGUGCCCGUUCAGCUGCCCGAGCGGUACCGCCGGCGAGCCGGCCG